CGUCUUCCUUUUUCUUCAUCUUUCUCCUUGUGCACACCCCUUUCUUUUUUCCGCUUCUCUCCUCUCUUCUUAUUCUGUUUGCCACCACCUUCCCCUGUAAUCUCAUCACUCUCUCUCCUCCUCUCUACUUUCCGCUCUCCACCCCUUUGCCUGUUUAUUUGUGUUUUCUAUUUGUGGAUGGAGUGAGUGAGUCUCUAAAUACCUGCACACUCUCCUCUGUCCUCUUCUCUGCAUCAUAUCUCAUGGGCAUCCGUGCGUCUUGCAGACCAGAGCCUCAUGGUCGUGGAGGCGGCAGCUCUCAGCCGGGUCAGGCAGACUCGCCGCUCCCAGAACAGGAUGAGGAAAUACUGGGCUCUGAUGACGACGAGCAGGAAGAUCCCAACGACUACUGCAAGGGUGGAUAUCACCAUGUGAAAAUUGGAGAUCUGUUCAACGGCAGAUACCAUGUGAUCCGCAAGCUGGGGUGGGGCCACUUCUCCACUGUGUGGCUGGCCUGGGACAUCCAGGAGAAGCGCUUCGUGGCCAUGAAGGUCGUAAAAAGUGCUGAGCAUUACACAGAGACGGCUCUGGAUGAGAUUAAGCUGCUCAAAUCUGUGAGGAACACGGAUCCAAGUGACCCCAGCAGAGAGAGAGUGGUGCAGCUUCUAGACGACUUCAAAAUUUCUGGCAUGAAUGGCACUCAUGUGUGCAUGGUGUUUGAGGUGCUGGGAUAUCACCUGCUAAAGUGGAUCAUCAAAUCAAAUUAUCAAGGCCUGCCCCUGCCUUGUGUUAAAAGCAUCAUACGACAGGUCCUGCAGGGUUUGGACUACCUCCACACCAAAUGCAAGAUCAUCCACACGGACAUCAAACCGGAGAACAUUCUGCUGACGGUCAACGAGCCCUACAUCAAGAAAAUGGCCGCCGAAGCAACGCAGUGGCAAAAGAGCGGCGCGGCGCCCCCAUCAGGCUCUGCAGUGAGCACAGCCCCACCACCCAAACCAAUGGCCAAAAUGUCAAAGAACAAAAAGAAGAAGAUGAAGAAGAAGCAGAAGAAACAGGCAGAGCUGCUGGAGAAAAGGAUCCAGGAGAUGGAGGGAGGAGGGACACCUGAAGGAUGUGAAGACGAAGACGACGAUGAGACGACGCCAGAAACCACAGAAGACACGACUUCCACAGCCACACUGUCCAUGUCUGCAACACUCCAAGACAUCGCCAACCACACUCUCACAGACAUGCCAACCAACAGUCAACCCGUACAGACGCCUGAAGGAGAUGAACAAAAACAAAAUUUAGCCCAGGGGGAGAGAGGGAUAGAUGUGAACUUCAACGGCAUCGCCUCCACACCGGAGAGCGAAACCAGCCCAGAGAGCGAGAUUCAUGGGACCAAGCCAUCAACAGAGGAGCAACAGGAGGAGGACCAACAGAAUGCAAACCAAGCAGAAGACAACGUAAACAACACCCAAGACGCAUUAAACAACAAAGAUGAGCAAAAGACCUGUAACGGUUUGUCAAGUGGGGACUCAUGCGUGGACCAGCAGCAGCUUCCUGCCCCCCUCUGCCCAGACUCUGACACUGUAGGGCUAAAGGAAGGAGAAAAAGAGGUGAAGAGGGGGGAUGAGAUGGACACUCAAGGAGUCGCAAAAGGAGGGGAUGAAGACGACAACAGCCUGAAUGGAGCAGCUGGUGGUAUGUUGAUAAACCCUCUGGAGCCUAUCAAUGCUGACAAGCUACAGGUCAAGAUCGCUGACCUUGGCAACGCCUGCUGGGUGAAUAAACAUUUUACAGACGACAUCCAGACAAGGCAGUAUCGUUCUCUUGAGGUGCUGAUAGGAUCAGGCUACAGCACACCAGCAGACAUCUGGAGCACAGCCUGCAUGGCCUUUGAACUUGCUACUGGAGAUUAUCUGUUUGAACCUCACUCUGGGGAGGACUACUCCAGAGAUGAAGAUCACAUCGCCUUGAUCAUCGAGCUGCUGGGGAAAGUUCCUCGCAAGCUGGUUUUGGCAGGCAAAUACUCCAAGGAGUUUUUCACCAAGAAAGGUGACCUGCGUCACAUCACCAAGCUGAAGCCGUGGGGUCUGUUGGACGUCCUGGUAGAAAAGUACGAGUGGGCGAAGGACGAGGCUCAGUGUUUCAGCAGCUUCCUGCUGCCGAUGCUCGACCUGGUACCCGAGCGCAGAGCCACAGCUGCCCACUGUCUCUCCCACCCGUGGCUUCAGUCGUAGAGGUCACUGGUGUGCGCGGCCACGCUCUUAUUGUGAACGUUAUGUUUAAGGUCCUGGGCUUGAAAACCCCUCACGGUAAAUAAACGCACUCAUGUCUGUGAGAACGCGCAGCUGCAUCGUCCCUGCCUCCGCGUGUCCUGGAUCUUUGACAGAGAGACUCUGCUGCUGAGGUUACACUGGUUAUGGAAAGAACUCGAGGGCUUCUCCCUUCAUUUCUGGCUCUUUUUGUUUGUUUGUUUUUUACGUGCCGCAGUCUCUCUGGUUUCAGCACCUCUUCUCUGUCAUUUUAGAUUAGAUAAUUAAUGCCGGUAGAUUUAAAUGCACUUGUCUACACACGCUGAAGGCAGGGUGUUCAUAGGAACAAGGAUUACCAUUUAACCAUGUCCUGUUUUCACGUUUUUUUGAUCACAGAAUAGUCCGACUGUGCCAACGUUUCUGCUUUUGGCUGUCCAACUGUGUGCAAAUAGCUCAGAUUUGAUGAAUGUGUACCGUAAAAAGGCAUGUAGGGUGUUUAGUAUUUGUCUUAGCAACGUUAAAAUAGCUUUUGUACAUUUAUAUACAGACAGCACUACAGGAUUGGGAUGUUUUUGCCUCAGCGAUGUGCACUGUGUUCAGUAUCAGUCCAGUUCUGGCCAAAAUGACUGGAUCAGAUAUGGGGGAAAAAACAAAACUCUUAAUGCUUCGUAAAUGCUUCUCUAAAACACGGGCAACAGAUUCUGCUAAUGUCCUCCAUGUAGUCGGGUGGUUUGGAUCUUAAUGUAUCAGCACAAAUGUCAAAUUCUGCAGUUCUUACCUCUACAACUUUAUCGUGCUGAUAUCAGCAACGGUAAACACUCAAAGUUGUGAUAUUGGUAAAAAAAAACAAAAAAAAAAAACGAGGUAUCAAGCCAUGCCUUCUGUUUUCUUUUAAAAGUCAACAAAAUUCCAGAGUAAUUCACUUCAUGCACAUGAAAGAAUCUUUUUUCAUUAUCUUCAUAUGCCAUUGUUUAUAGUAACAAGUGAAGUAUGAAUGAAUUCCCGUCCUGUGUGUCCAGAACAGAACCGUGCACCAAAGACUUGGCCUUGAAUCUCUUCCUGUUUGCAGCGUGAGCUUCGUACACUUUCCAUUAAAAAACCCGUCGGCAGCAACAGCUGUGAAGCUUCUUUUUUUUUUACACACUUUUUAAAUAAUAAAAUCUUGAAUAUUAAGGCGAUUCGCAGCUGCUUCAGAGUUAAAGUUACAAGUGUUUCCGCGGCACAUGGAGGUGUUGACUUUAAAAAUACGGUCACGUUGAAUUCCCGCCAAAACUGCUUUUCUUAUUUUUCUACAAAGUCUCUUGUUCCCGUGUCUUCCCUCUUUCAUUAUUUCAUCAUUAUUUUUUUUUCUGUAGGCAAUAAGAAUAAAUAUUUUUCAAAAUCUUAUCUGGACU